GUAUAUUUUGAGAGUCUAGUCACGGUCACACUUGAAUUUAUUUAUUUUUUUAUUUUGGAGUUAUUUUGGGGCGAUCGGAAACCGCCAAAAGGGUUCUCAGGAAUUACAAGGACUGCUCCAUGGUCAGCCAGGAUGGCCUACGAGCGGCGCCUCCGAUCGCAGAACCUCGUGCACCUGCUGCAGAGCCGGGAAUCCGGAUACACCUGUGCGGGCAGUCAGCCGGCCAGGCUGCCCCGCUUGGCCUACGAGCGCUCCUUCUACAAGUGCAUCACUCCCAGCCUGACCAUUGACUCGGUCUCUAUUCCGCCGGUAUAUCUGCGCAAGUUCACGCCGGAUGGCAGCAAACUUCUGGCCUUCUCGCAGGACCAGCGCAGCCUGCACAUCUACAGAUACAGGGGAUUCAGCUGUGCGGCGGUGGGCGAACUGAUCCGCCAGGCGGACGUGGGCAGCGCCGAGUGCUUCAGCAGGCAGGACAACGUCCUCCGCAGCACGAUCUUCGAGCGCCUGUUCGUCACCAAGGAGGCCCUGACUCUGCGACUGUGCCAGGGCGACUACAACCUGUACUAUUUGCACCGGGAGUUUAGUGUGUUCCUGGAGGAGGGCCGGUAUGUCCUGCUGGCGGCCAUGUCCGUGCUGCGGGGUGCCCUGCCCUUCGACGUCUACGUCCGGUAUCCAGAUCUGUUCGACAAGCUGGACGCCUUUUCGUACGUCUUCUUCGUGGUGGACCUAAAACUGGGGGUCGUAACUGACCGGCUUCUCUUGCCGCACGAUUCGAUCGUCAUUGCCCACAAUCAUGGCAUUUCGGUCUUCGGCUCCAAGGUGGCGAUCAUGUCGCGGCUGCAUCAGUGCGUCUACGUCUACUCUGUGUCGGAAGGCAAGUUCCACGAGCAGGAGACGAUCGGUCCCCGGCCGCGAGACUUCAUCGAGAGGGCUCCCGCUGAUAUUGGCAAACUGGAUGCGACUACGGUUCUGCCCAUUACGGACAUAAAACAACGCGUACUAAGCUUUCUGUAUCGCCAAAUUGAUCCAAAGGGUCCCAGUGCCACGGAGAAACAGAAGGAGUUUUACAAAAACUUUGAGUUUGUAGAGCACAUGAUCAUGGAGAGAAUGCAACUGGUGAACAAGGAACUUCUAUUGCUGCGCUACGAAGAACGGCCAAAAGAUAGCGACACCAUGCCCAUGGCCACAUCUCCCCGCCGCCUAUACGUGUUCUAUACCAUUUCUGGCGAGGAAGUGGUUGGCGUGUAUCCGGAUUAUUCCGUCGACCUGCUGCAGAUCAUUCUGCAGUUCUAUGACGAGAUGAGCAACGUACGAUCGCUGCAAACAGGAGACGCCCCCUCAUUGCCACUGCACUUCUUCCUGAAACAAAACUUCGUGGACGCCAACGAGUCGAUUCCCUUCGUUCGUCAUGCGGCAUUGCGGUUCAACCCCAGCGUACCCGUGAGCUCCCAGAGCCUCUCGCCUUCGCCCUACCUGAGGUUCAACGAAUUCAGCUUCGACGAUCGCCACGUGUCUCCGCUGGAGCGACCCAAUCCCUGCUCCGCGGAGCCUAUUGUCUUCCGAGAUCGCACCUCGCAGUCAGUCAAGUUCAGACUGCACGCCACGGCGCGUAGGCAUAUCAAUCCUCUGGCACCGCGCGAACUGUGCGCCUUCAUUUGGCAUCCGUUCGAACCGCUAGUGCUCAGCAUUCAGAAAUGCAUGAACAGCUAUGCCUACCAUGUGCAUCUGUACAAUCACAGUACUGUGGUGGAGCAGUCAAGUGCCUAAUAUUUUAUAUUAUAGGUAUGUUUAAUACAUGUGAUAUGUUUACCUACAUUUGAUAUAAACACUCCUUCUUUGAUUUUGGGAAGAGCAGAUUUUAUUUUACCUUUGAAGUGUCAAAAGAGGAGUUUGAUUAGGAAUUUGGCUUAGCAUGUGAUAAACAAAAGUAUUUAAGAUAUGACAAUUUCACAAGUA